UUCAUCGACAGAUUUCGGUACAACGCUAACCGAGCAGCUCAGGUGCAGAGUAAACUCAAACUCCUGGAGAAGCUACCUGAGCUAAAGCCCAUCGAGAAGGAAAUUGAGGUCACGCUCAGGUUUCCAGAUAACUUUGAGAAGUUGUCUCCGCCCAUCCUGCAGCUGGAUGAAGUCGAGUUUUACUACAGCAAAGACCAGCCGCUGUUCUCCGGACUCAACCUGUCAGCUGACCUCGACUCUCGGAUCUGCAUCGUCGGUGAAAACGGUGCUGGUAAAACCACCGUCCUCAAGUUGCUGAUGGGCGAGUUGACACCGGUCAACGGAGUCAGGCAGGCUCACAGGAACCUGAAGAUCGGUUACUUCAGUCAGCACCACGUGGACCAGCUGGACCUGAACGUCUGCUCUGUGGAGCUGCUCCUCAACAAGUUCCCCGGUCGGACCGAGGAGGAGUACCGCCACCAGCUGGGAGGUUACGGUAUCACGGGAGAGCUGGCCACGAGGCCGGUGGCCAGCCUAUCAGGAGGACAGAAGAGCCGCGUGGCCUUCGCUCAGAUGACCAUGCCAUGCCCAAACUUCUACAUCCUGGACGAGCCGACCAAUCACCUGGACAUGGAGACCAUCGAGGCGCUCGCUAAGGCUCUGAACAAAUUCAAGGGCGGCUUCGAUGAGUACCGGGACAUCCUGCACGAGCAGUUCAAGAAGGAGGGUUACCUGUGACGCUCCACCCACUGCUUACUGACCGUACCCACCACUGACAUAACCACGCCCCCUCCAUUAUGAUGUGUCGCAGCAGCUAAUCGGCGUCUAGAGCGGACCGGAGGACUUUUUCUUCUCUGAACUCUCACCUGCUGCUCAGGUGAUCUGCUGCAAGCUGAUUGGCUGUGAACUCUGCGGGGAGAGGGGUCACCCAGAGCGGCUCGGCGUUUAUUUAACGAGUGAACCUGUCGUCUGUCUGUCGUCUCAGCUGAUUGUGUUUUGUAUGGCAGCGGUUUCCUGCGUGCUGAUGUCACAGUGACAUCAGACAGCAAACAAAUAAAAGAAUCAUAUCA